AUGGCUGCACAUCUUGGUAAUGAACCAUGUUUGGAGACUCUUCUUGAUGCCAAUGCUGACAUUAACUCUAAGGGUAGAUAUGAGGUCCAACCAUUGCACCGUGCUGCCGUAAGCAACAAUAUAGGUGUUGUGAAGCAAUUACUCAGGCGUGAACUCUGUGACCGUCAUGCCGUGGAUGACAGCCUUAGCACAGCGCUACACCAUGCAGCACUGAAUGGAUGUUUGGGAGUAACGCAACACCUCGUGGAGGCUGGCCUCGAUCCUAAUGCCAAGGACAAAUUGGGACAAACACCCUUGGAUUUUGCAAAACUGGCAGGUCAUGAACCCGUGGAGUGGUGGCUUAGAAAACUGCCAGGUCACGGACCUGCUGCUGAGAAACGAACUCCAGAAUUAAUG